CGGAUGUUGAUUCGCAGAAAGUAGGGGUGAGCAGGGAGAGGAAGAGGGAGCAGCCUGGCCUGUCAGUGAGUCACGGGGGGAGGACGGCCGGUUCGGGACUCCUUUACCAUCUGCCUCCUGAGCACCAGCAGCGGCCUCACACCGGGGAGGACCGACCCACAUCCAGAUCAGACCACUCUUCAUCUGGACAACAAACAGGUCUCCCUUCUAUUGGAGGCCUUGCUGGAUCCAGAAAAUGGAGGUCAUUCUGUGUCUGCUGGUCUUGACUUCAGUGGCCCUGCAGGCGGCUGUCGGAGGAGAUGUGUGCGUGUCGGGUCAUGACAGUGGACCAGCGUUUGAAGAACAGCCAAGCAGUUUAGUUUAUCCUGAGGGUAUGAUUGAAGGCAAGGUGACUCUGAGCUGCCAGGCCAGAGCAAGUCCAGCUGCUACCUACAGGUGGCUUCUGAAUGGCACUGAGGUCCCUCUUGGUUCAAACAGAUACACAUUAGUGGCUGGGACCCUGGUGAUUAGCAACCCAGAGGCUGUCAGAGAUACCGGAUCAUACCAGUGUCUGGCUAUUAACCGCUGUGGCACCAUCAUCAGCAGAGCAGCUAAUCUGAAGUUCGGCUACCUUCAUGACUUCUCCCCAGAAAGCAGAAGUGUGCAGACAGUAUAUGAGGGUGUGGGCACUUUCUUGGCCUGCCAUCCCCCCCCACAUUACCCAGCUCUGUUCUAUCGCUGGUUAAUCAACGAGUUUCCAAACUUCAUCAAGAAGGACGAUGGGCGUUUGUUCGUGUCACAGGUCACAGGUAACCUGUACUUGGCCAAAGCAGAGCUGAAUGAUACUGGGAACUACUUCUGUUUCACCACCAUCAACCUGGACAUCAGCACCAAAAGCACCUUCAGCAAGGCCAACCCACUCACUGUACUGCCUGACGCCAGCCCCAGAAAAUCUGCUCCGAGCAUCAAAGUGCAUUUCCCUUCGGAGACCUACACCUUGGCUGGACACACUGCCAUGUUGGAAUGCUUUGCUUACGGAAACCCAGUUCCAAAAAUUCGAUGGCGUAAGAUCGAAGGUUUGAUGCCAUCCAAAGCCGGCUCAACAACACAAAGUCCCACCCUUGUCCUCCCUGAACUCUCCUUUGAUGAUGAGGGUCUUUAUGAGUGUGAAGCCUCCAACUCUGAGGGUAGUGACUCUUACCAGGGACGUGUGAGCGUGCAAGCUCAGCCUGAGUGGCUGCAAGUGAUGAGUGACUCAGAGGUGGAGAUCAGCUCGGAACUUCACUGGACCUGUUUGGCUGCUGGAAAACCACGACCCUCCAUUCGCUGGCUGCGCAACGGACAACCACUCAGCACACAGGACCGAGUGGUGGUGAAUGGAGCUCAUUUUAAAAUCAGUAACUUGGCCCUGGAUGAUUCUGGGAUGUACCAGUGUGUAGCUGAAAACAAGCAUGGCACCAUCUAUUCCUCUGCAGAGCUAAGAGUCCAAGUCCAGGCUCCAGACUUCAGGUUGAAUCUAGUCAGGAAACUGAUCCCAGCAGCCAGGGGCGGUCAGGUAAUGAUUGAGUGUCGGCCCCGAGCAGCACCAAAACCCAUCUUAUUCUGGAGCCGUGGGACGGAGCUGCUCACCAACAGUAGCAGAAUCUCAGUAACUCCAGAUGGAACAUUGUGGAUCCACAACAUCAGCAGGGCAGAUGAAGGAAAAUACACCUGCUUUGCUGAGAACUACCUGGGUAAAGCCAACAGCACUGGACACCUCUCUGUUCGAGAUGCCACUAAGAUCACACUGGCUCCCUCCAAUGCUGACAUCAACCAAGGGGAGAACGUCACGCUGCAGUGUCAUGCCUCCCAUGACCCCACUAUGGACUUGACUUUCACCUGGGCUCUGAAUGGGGUCCCACUGGACUUGGAGAACUCUGCUGGGCCUUAUCACAGAGUAGAAGGGAAGGAAAACAUUGGUGACCUGCUGAUUGUGGGCGCCCAGCUGAGUCAGGCAGGAGCUUUUACCUGCACAGCUCAGACCGUCGUGGACAGCGCUGCUUCUUCAGCUAAACUGGUCGUCCGAGGCCCCCCAGGACCACCUGGAGGUCUGCUGGUGAAGAAUGUGGCAGAGACAUCUGUGGAGCUGAGGUGGAGUCGUGGUUAUGAUAACCACAGUCCCAUUGGCCGAUACAUCAUAACAGGCCGGUCGUCUCUGUCAUCAGAGUGGAAGAAGAUGAGGACAGAACCAGUGAACAUCGAAGGGAAUGCAGAGUUAGCGCGAGUGAUUGGACUCGUGCCCUGGAUGGAUUAUGAAUUUCAGGUGAUCGCCAGCAACAUCCUGGGCAGUGGAGAGCCCAGCAUCCCGUCCCACACCAUUCGCACACAGCAAGCAGCUCCUACAGUGGCCCCCAGUGGACUUGGAGGAGGAGGAGGAGAACACCAUGAACUGAUCGUUACUUGGACGACGAUGGCCAGAGAGUACCAAAACGGUGACGGGUUCGGCUACAUUUUGGCAUUCAGAAGGAAAGACUCAUCAUCGUGGUCAGAAGUCAAAAUUCCACAAGUGGACUCAUCUCGUUUUGUCUACUACAACCAAAGCUUGACACCGUAUAGUCCGUUUGAGGCGAAGAUCAAAGCGUAUAACUGGAGAGGAGAAGGUCCGUUCAGCCAGAUCGUGGUAGUCCACUCUGCAGAGGAAGAACCAACAGUGGGACCUUCAAGCAUCAACGCCUCAGCACUUUCUGCUUUUGAGAUCCAAGUGUCAUGGGAGCCUGUCCAGCAGCUUAGUGCCAAUGGGAUUCUCCGAGGAUAUGAGAUCAGGUAUUGGCGGCAGCAUGAACGAGAGGCAGCAGCGGACCGAGUCAGAACAGCAGGUCUUGAACCAACAGCCAGGGUGUCCGGCCUUCGACCCAGCACUCGGUACCACGUUGCUGUUCUGGCAUACAACAGUGCCGGCACUGGGCCACCUUCUCCUCGCACCACUGUCACCACCAGAAAACCCCCUCCCAACCGCCCUCCAGCCAAUCUGUCCUGGAGGAUUCAGGGCUCAUCUGUAACUGUGAGGUGGGAUCAGGUGACGGCCAUGCACAACGAGUCAGCAGUUCUGGGUUAUAAAAUUCUGUACAAACAUGAAGACCAGGCUGCACUGAAGUUUCUGGACAAGACAAAGACGUCUGUGAGUUUGCCUUUACCAAACGACGCUGGUUAUGUUGUGUUGGAGGUGCGAACGUGGGGUGAGGGCGGAGACGGGCCAGCACAGGAGAUCAUCGUGUCCCAGGACUCGGGAACUGGGAUGAUGGUGCAGAAGAAUGUCUCCACUUUGUCGACACCCCCUCCCCACCUCCUCAGUGGACUGGUCCUCUUCAUCUUGGUGUUGCUGUCAGACCUGUGAUCCAGUUCACCUUGUGGACUUGUUUUUGUUCAAAUAAUCACCUGAGAUGGUUUGAGUUUCAGAGCACUCAGAUUAGUGUUAAAUUAUCACAUUUCAUAUGUUAAAAAAACAAGGGGGGAGGGGGGUGCACUGCAGACGGUAUAAACCAUGCCGUAUGGGGAGCAGAGCUCAUCAGACUGAUGAUCUCACACUUCAGAUGUUAGCAGGUGUUGAAUUCUCCCUGAAAGGCAGCCCCAUGAGCUCAAUGAAACUGAGCUGGAUUGUUCUGACGAGUGAGAACAGGAAAUUAUUUGGGGGAAUUCUAGAUGCAGCAUCGUCUCAACAUCAGAG